GGCCGGGCUCCUAACCCACGGACUGGCCCCGCCCCCGCAUUGACCGACGCGAGCCAGCCAAUCCGGGCAAGCCGCGGUGACGCGUAGCCUAUCAGCGGACAGGGCUCGCCGGGCGCUUCCGCAUUCUCGAGCGCGUCUGGCCAGAGUCGGCAGGGGGAGGGGGCGAGGGCCGCGGACCGCUGUCGCACCCGUGUCCCACCCUGCCCUGCGUGGCCGGUCUGCGGGGGGGCCCGUCUGUCGUCUCCCAGGGGACCCGAUGGCCUCGGAGGGCCUGGCGGGGGCGCUGGCGGCGGUGUUGGGGGGCCAGGGGCUGAGUGUGCACAGCUGCGACUCGGAACCGGCCGGGGAGCCCCUGGCGCCUGUGCGGCUGCGGAAGGACGUCUGCUACGUGGUGCUGGCCGUGUUCCUCAACGAGCAGGAUGAGGUGCUACUGAUCCAGGAGGCCAAGAAAGAGUGCCGUGGGUCUUGGUACCUACCCGCAGGGAGAAUGGAGCCUGGGGAGACCAUCGUGGAGGCACUGCAGCGGGAGGUGAAGGAGGAGGCUGGGCUGCACUGUGAGCCCCUGACAUUGCUGUCUGUGGAGGAGCGGGGCCCCUCCUGGAUCCGCUUUGUGUUCCUCGCUCGAGCCACGGGUGGAAUUCUGAAGACUUCCAAGGAGGCGGAUGCAGAGUCCCUUCAGGCUGGCUGGUACCCACGAACCUCCCUACCCACUCCGCUGCGAGCCCAGGACAUUCUGCACCUGGUAGAGCUGGCUGCCCAGUACCGGCAGCAAGCCAGGCACCCUCUUCUUCUGCCCCAGGAGCUUCCCUGCAGUCUGGUCUGCCAGCGGCUCGUGGCCACCUUUACAAGUGUCCAGACAGUGUGGGUGUUGGUGGGCACAGGGGGGAUGCCUCACUUGCCCAUCACUGCCUGCGGCUUCACUCCCAUGGAGCAAAGGGGUGGCAUCAAAAUGGCCAUCCUGCGACUGCUACAGGAGUGUCUCACCCUGCACCAAUUGGCGGUGGAGACCAAGGGGUUGCUUGGACUGCAGCACCUGGGCAAAGACAAUGCAGAUGGCAUCUGCUUGAAUGUGCUGGUGACUGUGGCUUUUCGGAACCCAGGGAUGCAGAGUGAGCCCCCAAAGGUUCGGGGUGAGAACUUUUUCUGGUGGAAGGUGAUGGAGGAAGACCUAAAAAGCCAGCUCUUACAGAGGCUUCAGGAAUCAUCUGUUGUCCCAGUCAACAGAUAGGAAGGUGCCAUCGUUGUGCAAGGAGCUGGGCACCUGUGCCCCCCACCCCACCACAGCCCUGUCUUCCUUUGGGGAGGCAGGAGGUUGGCAGUCAGGGGUCUUGUUGCAUUGUUGAUUCUCCUAGUUCUCAGGGUAAUUUCCUUCUCUGUGGAAUAGGUCCCUACAGUGCACCGAAAGGACAGUGCCUUUAACCAAACAAGAAGGUCAGAGAUCAAGGACCUAAUUGCCCUGUGGGCAAAAUGAGGGCACUACUCCCUAAGGGGAUGUGGGAACUUUCUGAACCUGAGAGGGCAUCUACUUGUCAUUUUCCAUGCUUGCCUCAGUAAAGGCCUACACCUGGAUUCUCAUGCACUUAGAACACAGACUUGGGGUGCUGGGGGAGGUUGUUCCAAGGGAGUGGGCUCCAUGCUGAGUAAAUAGGUGGUUCUUGCUUUGC